AAUCACCCGGUCACCUCUCUGGUUCACUGGCUCCCAACAGUUUCAGUGCCACCAAGAGACCAAAUCUGCACCCCCGCUAUUCCCGCCGUCACCGCCACUUGUCAGUUCCCCACGCUGCACAGGCCCCGCAUUCCCUGACUUUCCGUACACACUCAUACACACACACAUAUUCCUCCUCGCUCUCUCACUCGCUCUCGCUCAACCUCCUCUGCUUCUCAUUCUUCGCACGCAAACGCGCGCACGAUUAUCUCUCGCUCACUCGCUCGGUCUGUUUGUGAGGCAAUGACGGACACCACGGAUGACAUAGCGGAGGAAAUCUCGUUUCAGAGCUUCGACGACGACUGCAAAUUGCUCGGAAGUCUUCUCAACGAUGUGUUGCAGCGCGAGGUCGGAGGCAAGUUCAUGGAGAAGCUGGAGAGGAACCGUACCCUUGCUCAGAGCGCUUGCAACAUGAGGACGGCGGGGAUCGAGGACAUGGCGGAGCUGCUAGAGAAGCAGCUGGCUUCUGAGAUAUCGAAGAUGACCUUGGAGGAAGCCUUGACCCUCGCUCGCGCGUUCAGCCACUAUCUCAAUUUGACUGGUAUCGCCGAAACCCAUCACAGAGUUCGUAAGGCACGAAACGGGGCGCCUCUAUCGAAAUCUUGUGACGACAUUUUUAAUCAGCUGGUUCAGGGUGGAGUUCCCACAGAUGAGCUCUAUGAAACUGUUUGCAAGCAGGAGGUUGAAAUUGUUCUUACUGCACAUCCCACACAAAUCAAUCGUCGCACAUUACAAUACAAGCACAUUAGACUUGCCCAUCUUUUAGACUACAAUGACCGACCUGAUCUUAGUCUCGAAGAUCGAGAAAUGCUUAUUGAGGAUCUGGUGAGAGAGAUUACUUCAAUCUGGCAGACUGACGAGCUUAGGCGCUACCAACCUACGCCUGUUGAAGAAGCUAGGGCUGGUUUGAACAUUGUGGAGCAGUCCCUUUGGAAAGCUGUACCUCAUUAUUUACGUCGGGUCAGCAAUGCCCUAAAGAAGCAUACUGGGAGGCCCCUUCCAUUAACUUGCACACCAAUAAAGUUUGGGUCUUGGAUGGGGGGUGAUAGAGAUGGAAAUCCAAAUGUAACAGCAAAGGUCACCAAAGAUGUCUCUCUUUUAUCUAGGUGGAUGGCUAUUGACCUCUACAUUCGCGAAACUGAUAGCCUCAGAUUUGAACUAUCCAUGAAUCAGUGCAGUGAUAGAUUGUCAAAACUGGCACAUGAAAUUCUAGAAGAAGAAACUUCAUCUGAUGUUCGGCAUGAGAGUUGGAAUCAGUCUCUGAGCAGAAGUCAAAUGAAGCUUCAUGGCCAACAAGCUCCAUCCCUUCCAACACAACUUCCAGCCAGAGCUGAUCUGCCCUCUUGCACUGAAUGCAAUGAUGGUGGAUCCGAGUAUCCCAGACUUGCAUUGCCUAUCACUGAUUACAAGCCACUGAAUCGUCAGGAUGGUCAGGGUCCUUCUAGUUCGAAAUUUUCACUUCUGGAUUUUCGUCAAAAUUUACGCUUGUCAUUACAAAAUGGAAAUUCGGCUAAUUCUAGCACUGCACAGUCAGCUGUGAUGUCAAGGUCUACUUCUUUCAACUCUAGUCAACUCGUUGCUCAGAGGAAAGCACUUUCAGAAUCCCAGAUAGGAAGGUCCAGCUUCCAGAAGCUUUUGGAGCCAAGGAUCUCUCAAAGCCCGGGAAUUGCUCCUUAUAGAAUUGUUAUCGGCAAUGUAAAAGACAAGCUUAUGAAGACACAAAGACGUCUGGAGCUUCUUCUCGAGGAUCUUCCUUGCGAAUAUGAUUCUUGGGACUACUAUGAAACAUCAGAUCAAUUAUUGGAACCACUGCUCCUGUGUUAUGAGUCUUUGCAAUCAUGUGGAUCUGGGGUACUAGCUGAUGGUCGGCUGGCUGACCUGAUCCGAAGAGUUGCUACUUUUGGGAUGGUAUUGAUGAAACUCGACUUGCGUCAGGAAUCUGGUAGACAUGCUGAUACACUAGAUGCAAUUACCAGAUAUUUGGAUAUGGGUACAUAUAGUGAGUGGGAUGAGGGAAAGAAGCUGGAAUUUUUAACGAGGGAGCUGAAAGGGAAGAGGCCACUUGUUCCCGCCAGUAUUGAGGUUGCUGCUGAUGUUAAAGAAGUCCUGGACACCUUCCGUGUAGCUGCUGAGCUAGGGAGUGAUUCACUUGGAGCCUAUGUGAUUUCUAUGGCUUCAAAUGCAAGCGAUGUCCUUGCUGUUGAGCUUUUACAGAAAGAUGCAAGACUUGCUAUUAGCGGGGAAUUAGGAAGACCAUGUCCUGGUGGAACGCUGCGGGUGGUUCCUCUAUUUGAAACCGUGAAGGACUUGAGAGCAGCAGGAUCGGUGAUCAGGAGAUUAUUAUCAAUUGAUUGGUAUCGGGAACACAUCAUACAGAACCAUAAUGGCCACCAAGAGGUUAUGGUUGGAUACUCUGAUUCUGGUAAAGAUGCUGGGCGUUUCACUGCUGCAUGGGAGCUGUACAAAGCUCAAGAAGAUGUUGUGGCUGCAUGCAAUGAGUAUGGUAUUAAAGUUACACUAUUUCAUGGGCGUGGAGGGAGUAUUGGUCGUGGGGGUGGCCCGACAUAUCUUGCCAUUCAAUCCCAACCACCUGGCUCUGUGAUGGGUACCCUUCGGUCAACUGAGCAAGGGGAGAUGGUACAGGCUAAGUUUGGGUUGCCACAGACGGCAGUUAGACAGCUGGAGAUAUACACAACAGCUGUGCUGCUUGCAACCCUACGUCCCCCACACCCACCUCGAGAAGAAAAAUGGCGUAAUCUCAUGGAGGAGAUCUCAAAAAUCAGUUGCCAGAAUUAUCGGAGCGUUGUCUAUGAAAAUCCAGAAUUCCUUGCCUACUUCCAUGAGGCUACACCUCAAGCUGAGCUUGGCUUCCUUAACAUAGGAAGCCGUCCCACGAGAAGAAAGAGUUCAACAGGAAUUGGACAUCUUCGUGCCAUACCAUGGGUCUUUGCAUGGACCCAAACGAGAUUCGUUCUUCCGGCUUGGCUUGGAGUGGGAGCUGGUCUAAAGGGUGUUUGUGAGAAGGGACAUACUGAUGAUCUAAAAGCAAUGUAUGAAGAAUGGCCUUUCUUUCAGUCCACCAUAGACCUUAUAGAGAUGGUUUUAGGGAAGGCUGACAUACCUAUAGCUAAGCACUAUGAUGAAGUCCUUGUGUCAGAGAGUAGGCGAGAACUUGGUUCCAAACUAAGGACGGAGCUCUUGACGGCCGAGAAGUAUGUACUGGUUGUUAGUGGGCAUGAAAAACUGUCUGAGAAUAAUCGGAGCUUGAGGAGGCUGAUAGAAAGCAGACUUCCCUAUCUCAAUCCUAUGAACAUGCUGCAAGUGGAAGUGCUAAAGAGGUUGAGGUGUGAUGAUGCUAACCAUAAACUCAGAGAUGCAUUGCUUAUCACAAUAAAUGGAAUUGCAGCUGGAAUGAGGAACACAGGUUGAGCCUCUCAAGCUCCUGUUUGAACAACUCGUCCCAUGAAACUUUCACCUUUCUUAUAUUUUAUUUCCUGUGAAAGGGGCUGUUAUCUGAUGACAGAACUAAAUAGCAUCAUAUCUAUAUUUUGGAUUAAGUUUUGCUGAAAAUGAUAUUGGUCAAUAUAUUGGUGAAAGGUGUUUUGCCUUUUCAGUCA